AGUCCUUUACUUUAAAUCAGGAAGAAACCCUUCAUUGAGACACUGGUGUGCGGCUCUGCGAAACUUGGAAAAUGGGUGCGUACAAGUAUGUAUCGGAGCUAUGGAGGAAGAAACAGUCCGAUGUGAUGAGGUUCCUCCAGAGGGUGAGGUGCUGGGAGUACAGACAGCAACCUUCGAUUGUUCGUCUCGUUAGGCCUACUCGUCCUGAUAAGGCUCGUCGUUUGGGUUACAAGGCCAAGCAGGGCUUUGUUGUGUACCGUGUCCGUGUGAGACGUGGUGGACGCAAGAGGCCAGUGCCCAAGGGUAUUGUGUAUGGUAAGCCUACAAACCAGGGAGUGACACAACUCAAGUUCCAGCGUAGCAAGCGAUCUGUUGCUGAGGAGCGUGCUGGCAGGAAAUUGGGUGGUCUCAGAGUUGUCAACUCUUACUGGCUCAAUGAGGAUUCGACUUACAAGUACUACGAGAUCAUCUUGGUUGACCCAGCACACAAUGCUGUCCGUAAUGACCCGAGGAUCAACUGGAUCUGCAACCCAGUUCACAAGCACCGUGAGCUCAGAGGACUUACUUCAGAGGGAAAGAAGAACAGAGGUCUUCGUGGAAAGGGUCACAACAACCACAAGAACCGCCCAUCUCGCAGAGCUACAUGGAAGAAGAACAACUCCAUCUCCCUUCGUCGUUACCGUUAAUUGCUGUUUGCUUUUAUUAUCAUCUUCUAAGCUCCAUGUUGUUGCACUUUUAUCUCUCGCAAGUUGACUUGUUUUUGCAAAUUUUGGAUACUAUACAAUUGCUUUUCAAGUAUGCUUUAAUCCUAAAUUUUAUAUUUGAUUGCGUUUUUGUUCA